CUUCUAUGACAUCAUUUUCAUACAGACACAGGUGUUCAGUAUAUAGUAGACUAGUGGUAUUGUAAAUAAGUAGAUGUAUUUAUCUACAUCAAGUUAACAAGAAUUACAAUAAUAAUUAACAGUACAAGUCAAUGACUCAAAGUUCAACGUGCAUUUGAGAUAGAUUUAAGACGUCAAAUAGAAAUAUUUUAGAUAUAAAAUGGACUUUGUAAAAAAUAUUGUUAAUGACACUUUUAAAGAAAAAGAACCUUGGCAAAUAGUUGGAAUAACUACAACUUCUGUUCUUGGAGCUGUUUGGCUGUGGAAUUUUUGUCAUGAAGAUGAAAGUUUAUUAGAGAGAGGGAGAAAAACAGUAUUUCGAUUGAUAAGAUAUAUUCCAUCAAUGCGAGAAAAAAUAGAGACUACAUUAAAUUCUCUAAAUGAAACAUUUGAGAAAGAAGCAUUAGAACGAGUUGAAAAUAUGCCUUUUAUCUGUGAAUUGCCUAAUCAGGGAUUAAAUCAUGAUGAAAUUUUAGAACAUGUUAAAAAAUGCGUACAACUAGGUAAAUAUAAAUGGGAGAACGGGAAAGUCUCGGGAACAGUUUAUAGAAAUGACGAAGAUUUGUUAAAAUUAAUGGCUGAUGUUUAUGGUCUUGCAUCUUAUACCAAUCCAUUGCAUCCCGACGUAUUUCCAGGAAUUUGUAAAAUGGAAGCGGAAGUUGUUCGAAUUGCUUGUAAUUUAUUUCAUGGUGAUGACCAAACAUGUGGGACUAUGACUACUGGUGGCACAGAAUCAAUUAUUUUAGUGUGUAAAGCAUACAGAGAUUAUGCUAGAGAAGUUAGAGGUAUCAAGAAUCCUGAAAUGAUUAUUCCAGUAACUGCUCAUUCAGCAUUUGAUAAAGCUGCUCAAUUUUUGAACAUUAGAGUACGUACUGUACCAAUUACUGAUGAAUAUGAGGUGUGUAUUGAUUCAAUGAAACGAGCUAUUUCAAGAAAUACCAUUAUGCUUGUUGGAUCUACACCUAAUUUCCCUUAUGGAACAAUGGACAAUAUUAAAGAUAUUUCAGAAUUAGGACUAAAAUAUCAAAUUCCAGUACACGUUGAUGCAUGUCUUGGUGGAUUCUUAUUAUGUUUUAUGCCACAAGCAGGUUUUCCUAUACCUGAUUUUGAUUUUAAACUUCCUGGAGUGACAAGUAUUUCAGCAGAUACCCAUAAGUAUGGCUUUGCUCCCAAAGGAUCGUCUAUUAUUCUUUAUCGGGAUAAAACAUAUAGACAUCAUCAAUUUACAAUAACUACCGACUGGCCAGGUGGUAUUUAUGGAUCUCCGACGAUAAAUGGAUCUAGAGCGGGUGGAAUAAUUGCAGCGUGUUGGGCUUCACUUAUGCAUUUUGGAUAUAACGGUUAUUUAGAAGCGACAAAGAAAAUAAUUGCAACCACCAGAUAUAUUGAAUCAAGGCUACGGAAAAUGGAUGAGAUCAUUAUCUUUGGAACGCCAGGUACUUCAGUUAUUGCCUUUGGCUCCCAACAGUUCCAUAUUUAUCGAAUUUCUGAGGGUUUAACAGCCAAAGGCUGGAACUUGAAUGUUCUACAAUUCCCGUCUGCAAUUCAUUUAUGUGUAACUUUUGUUCACACACAGCCUGGAGUUGCCGAUUCAUUUUUAAGAGAUGUAGAGACUAUUUUAAGUGAGAUAAGACAAAAUCCUAUGGAACCUGUAGAAGGAAGGUUGGCCAUCUAUGGAAUGAGUCAAACUCUACCUGAUCGUAGUGUUGUUGGAGAUUUAGCCAAGCUAUUUCUCGAUUCAAUGUAUUUUACUCCAAAAACUAAAGAUGAAGAAAAAAAAAAUUAAUAUUCAAUAAAGUAUUUAAUUUUUUUUUAUGGCUAAAACGAAUUAUUUUUAUAUUGUAUUUUAAACAAUUUAUUUUGUAUAUACAUAUAAAAAACAAAGAAUAUAUUUUUUAAAUUCAGUAGUAAUUCAAUUUGAGUCUACUGUUAUUUCCAUAAUUUAAUUUAGGCUUACUAAGUAUUGGUUGCCAAUAACGUAGAAUGCGAAAUUGAACUAUCGGUGUAAUAUAUGAUUCAUUAUCAUAACAAUCAUACGACGAAAUUCGUACGGAGAAUCGAGAACCAUUUCUAUUAUUUCACGUUCUAUAUGCUAUAAAUGGUCGAAGCAAUAUCAUUAUGAAAUUUCUUAAAUUCAUUUGAAUAUUUCAAAUAAUCUAUUCAAAAAAAAAAAA